CUUCUUGCCAACUGACCUACACAUCCGACCGAUGGAUGCCGCCCUUGCCUGCAACGCUGUCCGCGCACAUGCUCCGUGCCUGGCCGCAGCACGCUGGGGAUCGGCCGAUGGACUUGGAAGAUACGGCGUCCCAGCUUCGCCGCUUCGACCUCGGUUCCCAAGCCAUGGGCGGCCUCAAGGUCGGAGGCCCGACCUCGUGGACGGCUCGUGUGUAUGUGGACUUGCGGCUGCUUGCGCCGGCCGAGAGAGUUUGAACUCAGGACGGCGCGGCCGCGCGCGCCGCGCGGGCGGAGCCGGGCGCCCGGGACGGAGCGAGGUGCUUCCGAAUGGUGCCUCAGCUGCGGCGGCGCUACGCCGCUGGCGGCAGAAGACAGGGCCUGCACCGAUGGAGGAAGAUCUGCCUGCACCAAGUCGAAGUAGCAAUCUGAAAAGCUGGAGAGGAAAUCGCUGGAGGCUCUCAGAGAAGAGUAUGCCAUCGUGCGUAGCAACCUGGCACAGCUGGAUGAAGUCAAUGGAUAGCGAGCAGUUCUUUGAGACGGUCUCCCAACGUCCUCAACUCCUGCCCAGCUAUUUGGAACAAGCCAAGGAGGAAGGGAUGGCUGGACCGGGCAACGACGUGUGCGUGCAAACCGCCGAGUUUGUGCUGAAGCAUCUUCCUGUGGGCUGCAGGCGCCUGGUGGACCUGGGCUGUGGCGAUGCGACCUUGGCCGCCGAGCUCCAGAGCCGUGGCGCCAGCGUGAAGGUCACCAACGUGGAUGCAGCUCGUUUGGCUCCGGGUGUUGUGGUGCAGAACCUGGGCGCCUUGCCGGGCGACUGGUCCGGGCGCUUCGAGGCGGCGGUGCUGUGCCGAGCGCUGUGGAGCUUGGAUCCCUUGAAGGUGCUCAAAGAAGCACAUCGCGUGUUGGAACCGAGCCCCCGAAGCCGCCUCGUGGUGGUGGAGCCUUUCCGCCGCUGGUGGCGACCGAAGGACCACGAGGACACUUGCCAGCAACCCCAGAAUCAGCUGAUCAAUGCCCUGGAGAGGGCAGGGUUUUACAUCUUCAAGGACCAGAGUGUGAACAUCGAAGGUGAUCCAGAAGGUCUUCCAGGGAAGUCCUUCAUGAAAGGCGUCUUUCAAUAUGUGCUGGCAUCUCCAAAGCGUGACACGCGUGACGCGACUUCGUGAUGAGUCAAAACAAGGAGUCAUGAUGAGUCAUUUCUCAUCAUUUCUCAUUCAGGAGUCACAGAGCUCGGGCUGGUGUUUAGUCCCAUCCAGUGAGUGGAUUAUAUAGACACUCCUGACUGCUGGAUGUCGUGUCGUUUUCGGAUGUUGAUUCUUUUGGAGAUGGAGGCCCUGCGGCCUGCCUAGCAGCUCGCAGGGUGAUCCAGAUCGGGGAGGGCGACGUCGGAAUAUGUCCGACCUCACCGGCAUUUGGGGUGGGUUUCUGUCUACUUUGCCGUCCUAAUACGAAAUCGACUGGAGGUAAGAGGUGGACAGAAGACAUGUCUGCAGAUGUUCUAAGGAGCUAAGGGUCGACAGAGCAACAUGCAGCUAGCUGCAGACCUGGUCCAUCAGUAGUAGAUUGUUGUUCAGGCCUUUCUGUUACACUGUUAGACCGCUGUUGAAUGUUUGCAAUCCUGAUCAAUCCUGAAGAAGGACAUAGGGGGUUGUCGAACAAAGGAAUCUCACUUGUUGGAAAGUUUCACUAUUGACUUCAGCAAAGGCUCAAGAAAAGGAUGACUUUUGGGCAAUCUUUGUUCUUAGGAAACCCGGUUUGCCGCUUGACCUCCCGCAAUUCUGCACGUAACAGGUUGAAGUUCAAUCACAACUGCUGGGGAUUCACGG